CCGCGAUGGGACCGGAGGCGGCGCGGGCGGCGGCGGAGGCGCAGACAAAGGCGCGGGCGGUGCGGCGGGAGGCGCGGAGGGCGCGGGCCCCGGAGCCAGCAAGCGAGCGGGGCGCCCGGCUGCGGGGAGUCGGCGGCGCGGGGCAGCACCCGACUCGCGCCCGGACACUCGCGGGGCGCCGAGCCCGCAGGGCCUGUCCUGGAGAGACCCUCACAAGCCCCCUCUCCCCCCCGCCCCCCAGAGACUGAGCCCGCAGCUCCUGCCAUCCCUCUGGCUGCUUCUUGGAGCCCACCCAGCCCAGCCUGACCAAUGUCCACAGCCAGGGAGCAGCCCAUCUUCAGCACACGGGCGCACGUGUUCCAGAUUGACCCAGCCACCAAGCGGAACUGGAUCCCUGCGGGCAAGCACGCACUCACUGUCUCCUACUUCUACGAUGCCACCCGCAAUGUCUACCGAAUCAUCAGCAUUGGGGGUGCCAAGGCCAUCAUCAACAGCACUGUCACCCCCAACAUGACCUUUACCAAAACCUCCCAGAAGUUCGGGCAGUGGGCAGACAGUCGCGCCAACACUGUUUAUGGCCUUGGCUUUGCUUCUGAGCAGCAUCUGACCCAGUUUGCUGAGAAGUUCCAGGAAGUAAAGGAAGCAGCGAGGCUGGCCAGGGAGAAAUCUCAGGAUGGGGGGGAGCUCACCAGUCCAGCCCUGGGGCUCGCUGCCCACCAGGUGCCCCCAAGUCCCCUCGUCAGCGCUAACGGCCCAGGCGAUGAGAAACUGUUCCGUAGCCAGAGCGCGGACGUCCCUGGCCCCGCGGAGCGCGAGCGGCUCAAGAAGAUGCUGUCGGAGGGCUCGGUGGGCGAGGUGCAGUGGGAGGCCGAGUUCUUCGCGCUGCAGGACAGCAACAACAAGUUGGCGGGCGCCCUGCGAGAAGCCAACGCCGCGGCCGCCCAGUGGAGGCAGCAGCUGGAGGCCCAGCGUGCGGAGGCCGAGAGGCUGCGGCAGCGGGUAGCUGAGCUGGAGGCCCAGGCAGCCACCGAGCAACCCUCAGCCAGCGAGAAGGAAGGGAGCCAGGCACUGGAGCAGCUGGAGGCAUUAGUGCAGACAAAGGACCAGGAGAUCCAGACGCUGAAGAACCAGACCGGUGGACCACGUGAGGCCGUGGAUGCCACCGAGCGGGAGGAGACGCAGCAGAAAGUGCAGGACCUGGAGACCCGCAAUGCUGAGCUGGAACACCAGCUGCGGGCAACAGAGCGCAGCCUGGAGGAGGCGCGGGCCGAGCGGGAACGAGCACGGGCUGAGGUGGGCCGAGCCGCACAGCUGCUGGACGUCAGGCUGUUUGAGCUGAGCGAGCUUCGAGAGGGCCUUGCCCGCCUGGCUGAGGGCACCCCCUGAGCCUGGCUGCAGGGUCUGCGUGGGAGCCGUGGGAGCCGUGGGCCUGCGGGAGCUGGUUUCAGACGCAUGAUUCCCGCCUGGAGCACGAGGCGGGCCGCGGGCGGCACAGUGGGCCAUUCACCCUGGCAGGGACCGGGGGGGCCCAUCUCGGCCUGGGGAGGGCCUGGCCACAGUGCCCCAGCUGGCCCUAGCCACUCACAGCUCAGGGGCUGUUUAGGGGGCUUUUCAUUGUGUAGAAUUUCUAGAAUCCCCAGGGCGUGCGCUGGCGCCCAGAUUACAUUUCUAAGAGCUGCA